AUGUCGCUAAACCUCGACGCGGUGCAGGAUGCCAUGGAAGAUCUUGCGAAAUCAUCGCUCGGGGCUGGCAUCACAGAGGCAAAGCAAAUCGUGAGUGGAGAUGUGGCCGAACGGUUCUGGGAGAUAGCUGGACAACCGACAUUGGAAGAGCAACUCCACAUGAGCUGGGAGGAGCAAGCUGCCAUCCGGAGGGAGAAGUCGAAGCAAAUUGCCGCACGCUAUGGUGAGUCGAAUUACAGCCGAAACCUGUCGAAGCACGAACAGCAGGUGCAGCAGUCCCUCGAGACCGGCAAGAUCCCUGGGCGCGGAGAGCGGGUCGUUGGCAUGGUGUGCGGCGACGAACCCCCGCACGAGAGGGCGCGCAUGUGGGUGGAUCUACUUCUGGAGCCAAGCGGCAGAGCGGUCUUGGGGCAGCAGGCUGCGUGGAUGACGCAGACGCUGAUCGGUUACGACGCGCUCAUGAAGGGCUCGAACGCAGAUGCGCUCGAAGGCAUGUGCUGCUUUCUCGGCUUGGCCGGCAUGGCGUUCAACGGUGACGUUGAUGAGCUCGUUCAAGUCGUCGCGGCUCUGGGUGAACGCGCAGACCGCACAGCGGCGUCGCUCUGCCAGUGGCUCGCGCACCUACCAGUCGGUCAGGAUUUCAUGUACGGCGGCAACUGGAAAGCACCGGAGAAGUCGAACGAGCAGCUGAAGAUGAGUCCGCUUCUGACGACGCCAUCAUUCGUGAAGGUGCUCGACGCGCUCGUACGGCUACUGCGACUGAUGGCUGACCCGCAAACGGAGGCGCUUCACGGGCAGGGAUCACGGUUCAUUUCUGCCUGUCUCAGGUCGCGCCACCUGCCAGCUGCCAUGCGACGGCUGGUGCAGGUGAUCGGGAGGCACGAUCAGGAGGGCUUCGAGCCCAUCGCGCCCAUCGCCAUAAAGAUCCUCGUCAACCUCUGCGAGCUGUCCCCUCUCUUCGUGCAAGGGCUGCGCGAGCACCCGCGAGUUGCCGCGCUCCUGCAUGCCGUCGCUCGCGUGGGCCCAGAGGAAGCGGGGGCCACUUUGCUGCAGCGGGAGCACGUCCACCUGUGCCGUUUGCGCAGCCUCUGCGUGCACGUGAUUGCGGACAAGGAGCAGGCGCCCCCCAAAGCCAUGCGUGGUAAGGAGGUGACGGAAUGCGACCGCUGCGGCGCAUGGUGCGAGAAGCAGCAGCGGUGUGGCGGCUGCAAGGCGGUGUCCUAUUGCGACCUCGUGUGCCAGAAGGCGGCGUGGAAGCAGCACAAGAAGAUGUGCCGAGCUUCACAGGCAGCGAAGUCCAAGUGA